UCCUUGGUUCCACUUUCUCCUUGGUCCCAUUCUCUCCUUGGUUUCACUUUCUCCUUGGUCCCAUUCUCUCCUUGGUUCCACUUUCUCCUUGGUCCCAUUCUCUCCUUGGUUCCACUUUCUCCGUGGUUCCACUUUCUCCUUGGUCCCAUUCUCUCCUUGGUUACACUUUCUCCUUGGUCCCAUUUUCUCCUUGGUUCCACUUUCUCAUUGAUUCCAUUUUCUCCUUGGUCCCAUUCUCUCCUUGGUUCCACUAUCUCCUUGGUUCCUCUUUCUCCUUGGUUCCAUUCUCUCCUUGGUACCAUUCUCUCCUUGGUCUCAUUCUCUCCUUGGUACCAUUCUCUCCUUGGUCUCAUUCUCUCCUUGGUACCAUUCUCUCCUUGGUCUCAUUCUCUCCUUGGUUCCACUUUCUCCUUGGUUCCACUUUCUCCUUGGUCUCAUUCUCUCCUUGGUCUCAUUCUCUCCUUGGUUCCACUUUCUCCUUGGUUCCACUUUCUCCUUGGUCCCAUUCUCUCCUUGGUCCCAUUCUCUCCUUGGUCCCAUUCUCUCCUUGGUUCCACUUUCUCCUUGGUUCUACUUUCUCCUUGG